AUGUCUAGUUGUGUGAAUGAUCAUCAUGAGGCUGAAAAUGGUGUAGGAGUUCAUGAAGCAAACAUCAUUAACAACCAAGUGGAUAUGACAAGAAAGAAGAAUAUGUUGACGAUUGAACAGGUAGAUGCACUGGAAAUGAGUUUCCAGGAGGAGAUAGAGCUAGAGAAGCAGCAGCCACCUGGUAGAAUUGCUGAGCUGCCAAAGAAUAGAACUAAGUUGGAUCCGGAAAAGAAACUGAAGCUGUCAAAGGAACUAGGAAUUCAUCCUCGCCAAGUUACCGUAUGGUUUCAAAAUCGACGUGCUAAGCUGAAAGGAAAACAACUCGAACGACUAUACAAUGUACUUCAGCAGGAUUACGAAAUCGUCUCAAGGGAAAACCAACAUCUUCAGCAAGAGGUUAUGGAACUCAAAGACAAGCUUGAUGGUCUCCAGUCCAUGCAAGCUUCUAUAGGAUUCAUGAAACAAGGGUCGCUACUGCAAGCUGAGAGUAACAAUAUUACUGCUCAUGAGAGUACCUGGACUUCUGUUGCAGGUCAAUGCUCAAAUGAUGUAGAGAAAAGACAAACCGGUAACUCAAACACAAAGAUUUCAUGGAACAAUAGUUAUUUGUUCAGCAAUGAAGGCAUGAGUGGAACCAGGGCCUGGCUUACCUUGGCUCCAGCAGUCCAUCCCCACGCGUCCUAG